AUGUCACUGGGAGGGCCCCGCCCAUCGCCGGUAGCCACGCCCAUCCGUUCUAGCCCCGCCCACUCACGCCAGCACAGCCAAUUCGUUGUAGCCACGCCCAAUCGCUGUAGCCCCGCCCCGUUCCCGCCGUGCCCCGCGCUCCAAGAUGGCGGCGCCGUGGCCGCUGCCGGUGCUGGCGCUGCUGGCGGCGGGGGCGGCGCUGGGCGAGGCGGGGGGCUCUGCCGGGGGGGCACCGGCACCGGAACCGGCACCAGGGCCAGUGACACCGAGAGCUGCCGGGUGAGCCUGACCCUGGAGCACUCCUUUGAACUGGAUGACGUGCCGCGGUUCCGCCGCCGGGGGUCGCUGUCGCUGAGCUGGGGCCCCGAGCCCGCGCUGGCGCUGGCGCAGAAACCGCUGGGGGAGGAGGAGAGAGCGCGGCUGAGGGAGGUGGCAGCUCAGGACGGGCUGUACCGGGUGCGGGUCCCCGCCAUCCCCCCGGGCCCUGGUGAGGACGGGGACACCGAGUUUGUCACCUCCUUCGUGAGGGCGACCCGCCCAGGGCCCACGCGGUGCUUGCCCCGCCCCUACCGCGAGCCCAUUGGCUGA